UAUAUACCAAAAACAAUAGCUAAAAGACACCUUAAGACUUCUGGCCAGCGAGAGAAAGAGAGGUAAAGAGAGACCGAGAGGGAGUGUAUCGCCACCGGAGGAAGAAAGAUCUUGCCGGAAUUGCAGCCGGACUAGUUUUCUGUGCCGGAGAGGGAGGGAACCGCCAGGUUGUGCCAGAUACUGGACGGACAGUUGUGUCGCCACCUCGUUGGAGUGGAGAGUCCAGUCGGAACCAUUUCCGUCGCACAACCCAUCGCCACACCGGAGUGUCGCCGGACUGGUUAUACGUGGAGUGGGACGACGCCGGCCAGGAUCACUCGUGAACCAGGGCUGUCGGCCUGGUAUUACAUCCGAAGAGGAAGUCUCAGGGAGUUGCUGCAACGGUGCCACGUUUGCUGGUUCGCCACCGAACGACGGAGGGAGAAGCCGCCGGACUGGUUUUCACAAUUGGAGAAGUAACUACUGUUGCUGCCAGACCACCUCGCUGCUACCAGGUCGGCCUGAGACGUCCUCUGUCGCCACUGUACCAACUCUCUUGUCAUCAAUAAGGUGAAUACAUAGAGAUCGGAAUUGAGGAAGAGAAUUAGGAGCAUCGGAUUUGAGAAUCAUGCCGCUAAGAAGAAACCCCCCUACAACCCCAACCGUUGAGGAGUUGGCCCAAACUAUUCAACAAAUGGCACGACAUAUCGGAGCGGCUCAACCCCAGAACAAUGGGAUUGACUACGCUACAAGGGUAGCCGGGCGUAACCCCCCGAAAUAUCUGGGCGAGGAGGACCAUCUUAUCCUGGAGGACUGGGUUCGUACCUUUGACAAACUCUUUGACUCCCUCACCUGCCCGUGGGAGCAACGAGUAAAUAUUGCGGUGUAUUACCUACACCAAGAAGCUGACCAUUGGUGGGCCGCCAAUGGACCAACAUUUCUCGAGCAACCGGGCUUUUGCUGGGAGGACUUCAAAGUAGCACUACGUGACCGCUUCUACCCCGAUCACGUGAAAGAGGCAAAUUAUGAUGAAUUCGUCAAUUUCAAGCAAAGUGACCUGACUGUUCAGGAGUACCACACGAAGUUCGUCCAAUUGGCUCGUUUCGCCAAAGACCUGGUGUCAACAGAGGGCAGUAUGACACGCAGAUUUGUUAAUGGGCUUAACUACGGUGCCCAAAAGUUUGUGACUGUAGCAGAGCCACGAAAUCUGAACGAAGCAUAUAGGAAGGCUGGUAAGUACUACAUGGUACACCAGAAGGAGAGGGAGGCGCAUAAGAGGGAUCGGAAGAAUGCUGAGGUGGGUCAGCAACAAAAGAAGGCCAGAACCGACCACCUUGAACAAAGGCAAAUCAAUCAAGGUGGAGGAAAUUUCCAAAACCAGGGGCAGGGGAGAAACCAGCCAACUCAAAUGCGACACCAUAGAUGCAAAUUAUGCCCAAACAACCAUCCCGGGAAGGAUUGUGCGGGAAAUGCGGUGAGGUGUCGCAACUGUAACCUCUUGGGGCAUCGGGCAUACGAGUGCAGGAAACCCACGAACCAGGGACAAAACCAGGGAAACAACCAAGCCGAGGGUGGGGUUAAUCACGCCAACAACAACCGUGGUAAUCCUGGAAACCGCCCAGCGGAGGCCAACCGUAAUCAAGGCCAGGGAGGGCAGAACAACACCCAGGGCCGGAUUUACGUCAUGAACCAGGCUCAAGCAAAUGUGCACGAUGUGGUAUCAGGUGAAUACAUAGAGAUCGGAAUUGAGGAAGAGAAUUAGGAGCAUCGGAUUUGAGGUGAUGAUGGCUAUGUUGAUUGUUGAUUGCAUGCGUCCGAGAGCGGUUGCUAGAUGCCUUAGUAAAACCUAGACAUGAAUGAACAUUUUAGUUACGUUGAACAUUUGUUUCUUCAUAUCACAAUUAAUUAUGACUGUUUUGUUUUAGUUGCCUGUGCAUCCGGUUAAGAGAUGACCGGUUGUGGCGGUAACACCCGUUUCCCUAUUUAAAUUAUUUCCGCUGCAAGAUUUUUAUCAAUUUCGAAUGAAUAAAGCAAGUUUAUUAUCA